UACGAUCCGCUGUUCAUCUGAGGGGGUUGUCAUGGCGCACAUUGCUCAAGAAGAAAUUACUCCUAUAAAAGUUCUUAUCUGAUAAGAGGAAGCUGGGUCGUUUACUCGUCAGAAGCUUUCUACUCAUCGAAGUGGAUCUGAGAAUACAUCACACCAAGGAGAUUGUCCGUUCAUUGGAUAGUUCAUUUUCUGUAUUCAUUUUUAUUUUCAUCGUAGAAUCAAAAUGGCGUUUCGAAUCAUUCUGGCAAUCUUGAUAGUAGGCACAUCAUCGGUUGUUGAGGCUGGUCUAUCAGAUCAAACGUUCACCUGGAUCGACCUCUCUGCUGGCGUUGCAGCCACGGUGGGCAUAUGCGUCUUCCUCGUCGGUAUCGCCUUCAUGAUCAACGACCUCGGCUUCAGGGAGUACUUGGCGGAGGUACGACCGAACGGACGACCCUUCGUCCAAGACCUUCCCGAUGUCAAUGCCCCCGAACCGAUAGGUACCGUCUUCUCCCCGUCGAUGAGCGAUGGGAAUGACCCCUCGGUGCCUGAGAAGGAUGAUGACGAUUUCACCAAACCAUCAGCAGCAGUGGUGGGCUUCGUCAACGAGGGGGAACUGCCCGUUGUACUGUCGUAGGCAACGCGGGGCAAGGACAUUGAAUGAUUAAACCGUUUUCUACCGAAACCGGGAUAUCUCUGCACAAAGCCUAUGGAAUUACAUGAAGUAGUAGACAAAGUGUUAAAUGUCUAUAUCUCCAUAAAAAACUAAGAUUUCUCGAAUUGCCUUUCUUACAGGAUCUUAAUGAGGAGGGAGGGAGGG